AUGGAGCCCGUCGACCUCGUUCCGAGAGGCUACAGGUUCGUUCCCACUGCGGAGGAACUCGUGGUCGACUACCUCGCCAACUGGGUCGCCGGCACACCCCUCCCUGGCCGAGCUGUCGCCUUCGCCGACGUCUACGGCACCGAGCCGUGGAAUCUUCUCGGCAGCGAUCGGCAGGAGGGCUAUUUCUUUGCGGAGCGCCAGCCCAAGACCAGCGGCGGAUCGCGCGUGGAUCGAACGGCCGGCACCGGUUCUUGGCUUCUGAACAGAAGGCAAGAACCCGUCAAGUCCAUCGUCGACGGGCGCGAGAUGGUGGUGGGCAGACGGAGCUAUCUUUCCUUCAAGGACGGCCGGCGGAAGAACUCUGGGUGGACAAUGUAUGAAUACGAGAUGUAUUCCUCCACCUUCGAGACACGAGUUCUCUGUCACGUGAAGAAGACCUCGUAUCAACCCAUCUCCGGCGGCAACUUCAACAAAACGGUCGAGUCCACGUUCACGGAGGCCGCGAGGGAGACGCUCACCGGUGGCAGUUUCGUUGGGCAGAAGAGAAAUAGAGAGGAAUCUUCUACUCUCUCAUCAGCAGCACCCAAGAAGUCCUGCCGGGGGUUGGUUGCACGUCCCAACGGAGCAUUCCACUCCGACGUCUCACCAUCUCCAACCGCGGUGGUGCAACAGCUCUUAUUGGCUCCCGUCGUGACAACCCGGGAGAGUCGUCUUUCCUCCAUCGACUCCGUGGCACCGAACGAAGCCGGAGUCCCAGCCGCCACCCCAUCGCCAACGGACGUUGGUGGAGGUGACCUCGAAGCAUUUGACCUCGGGAUAACUGCGGAGGAGAUCGAAGCAUUCUUGGCUUCGUCUUCGUCGUCGGUCGAUCUUGGCGGUGAGCAGCACUGCACCGACGAUGCUUUCUUUACCAGAGAGGUUGAUGCUCUCUUGAUGUCCGAUGCCACCGACACAGCCUCGACUACCAUCCCCAAGGCCUCGCCGUCAGGCCACGUCGAUGUUCUCUUGAUGCCCGAUGACACUCGGAUAGAUUCGACCACGGUCGCAGAGGUUUCCUCGUCGAUCGACUUCGUCGUGUGUGAGCAGAUGUACUGCACCGACGGUCCCUUCUUCUCGAGCCUGGAAGAGGUCCAUGCCUUCUUGAUGUCCGAUGACACCUUCAUUGCCUCCACUACGAUCCCAGGGGCCUCGCUGUCAUCCUCAACCGGCCUUGCCGCGGAGCAAACGGAGUUGCAAGCCUGCUUGAGGUCUGAUUCGACCACGGUCGAAAAGGCUUCGAUGUCAUCGUCGAACGACUCUGUUGGGUGUGCGCAGACGGAGAACAUAGAUGACGACGACGGCUUGCUGCAAGAGAUUGAAGCCUUCAUGAAGGACACCCCAAUGGAUUCGACUAUGAUCUCGUGGUUGGAGCAGUAG